CAUUUGCCAUUAUGGGCGAAGGCCGUGCACCAUGGCGCAUCUCGCAUGUUGCUUAUCUUCUCAUGACGUGAACAUGGUUCUCUGGCUCUGCCUUUGUCAGCCUUGCACUCCGAGAAAACACCAAUCUCGCUCCACGCAAUCUUGCGCAACAUUUUGCCUGGUGCUGGCAAAACAUUGACGCGCUUUUCAUUGGCUCAACCAUUGUCCUGAUCCAGUGACUUCGCAGCAUUUUUCCCACAAGAACAGAGAUCCGGAAAUCGUUUGUGUUGGUGACAAUGCUACAAGUUGCGCGGGAAACAACGCAGGCCCACGACAGCCGUUCAAGUCCAAUGCCGAACGGUCCCUUGAACCCGGUACUACAAAAAGGUGAGGUGUACUCCCUUCUCCUCCUUACUGGCGAGAUACUUGAAGAUACUCGUUCACAUUCAGCUUCGCGGCAGGCCCCUCGUCUCGUACCUGAUACCCUUGACUAUGAUUGCUUCCGCCCCAACCAACGUCUACACCCUUGCAGAGGGAGCUCCCCUGCCACGCAAUGACACUGCGGUGCAAGUUCGCAACAAGCACGGCGGAGGCCUCGUUCUCCUCCAGGACACGCAAUUGAUCGAGACACUGGCACACUUCGCUCGAGAACGGAUCCCCGAACGAGUCGUCCACGCCAAAGCGAUUGGCACUCGAGGAUACUUCCAGGUGACCCACGACAUCUCAGACAUCACAGACGCCGACUUUCUCAAUGGCAUCGGCAAGAAGACAGAAGUCGUCACCCGCAUCUCUACCGUCGGCCCAGAGUCCGGCUCAGCAGACACCAUCCGCGACGUUCAUGGAUGGGCCAUCAAGUUCAAAACAAACCAAGGCAACAAUGACUGGGUCUUCAACAACAUCCCCGUCUUCUUCGUCCGAGACCCAAUCAAAUUCCCUUCUCUGAACCGCUCACACAAGCGCCAUCCCGCCACCCACUCCACCGACGCCGACAUGUUCUGGGACUUCCACGUCAACGCUCCCGAGUCCGUUCACGCGUUGAUGUUCUUAUUCAGCGACCGUGGCACACCGGCCUCAUUGCGCAACAUCAACGCCUACUCCGGCCACACGUACAAAUUCACCAAGAAAGACGGCUCCUUCCACUAUGUCAAGAUCCAGAUCCAUGCCGACGCAGGGGUCAAAAAUCACACCGCCGCCGAAGCCACCCGUCUUGCCGGCACCGAUCCGGACUCUCUCACGCUGGACAUGUACAACGCCAUCGAAGCCGGCGACCACCCAAGCUACACCGUAUCCAUCCAGACGAUCCUACCGGGACCGGACGUCGCUUCUUGCCCCGUCAACAUCUUCGACAUGACCAAAGUCUGGCCGCACGCUCAAUACCCGCUGCGCCCGGUCGGCAAACUCGUUCUCGACCGCAAUCCCGUCAACUACUUCGCCGAGAUCGAGCAGGCGGCCUUCAGUCCCAGCACCAUGGUUCCCGGCAUUGAACCCAGCGCGGACCCGAUGCUCCAGGCCCGUAUGUUCGCGUACCCGGACGCCGCGCGCUACCGCUUGGGCGUGAAUUACCAAAUGCUACCGACCAACGCGGCCAAGAGCCCCGUGUACAUCCCCACCGAGCGAGAUGGGUCCAUGAACUUUGGCGCCAAUUACGGGGCGGACCCGAAUUACUUGCAUAGCGCGAUUCAACCCACGAAUUUUGUUUCCCAGCAGGAUCCUUCGUUCUUCUCGUCCGAGUACAAGCCCACAGAGGAGGAGAGUGUCACCGGAGGAAACCCCGUCGCUUUCCACAGCGAAGUCACCGACGAGGACUUCAAGCAGCCUGGCGCCUUGUGGAACGAUGUCAUGGGCAAGCAAGAAGGUGCCCAGGAGGCCUUCAUCUCCAAUAUCUCUGAACACAUUGCCGGCGUCAAGAGGGGCUGGCUGAGAGAGAAAGUGUUUGAAUUAUUCCGCCGUGUCCAACCGUCCCUUGGCGACAGGAUCGCCGAUGCCGUGAACAAGCUCGUCAAAGUAUGAGUGCGCACACAUAUAUAUACCCCGAAGUCUGCUUCAUCCACUACCAUUUUCGUUCAGGAAAGGGAGCGAGGCCGCUUUGAUCUGGCAGGUGAUGGAGCGUCGAGGAGGCCUGGCCGAGUACGGGGGAGCCACAAGGAGUGCUGCCCUGAUACCAAUGCAUAGAAGCCAGUCCGGGCUCAGGGGUCCCCUUUGGACCUUGGCUACAGUUGCCCAGCUGUGACCCUCCAUUUAUUUCAAGCCUGUUGCCUGGAGACUUUCGAACCGUUCGUCUAUCUCAAUCCUGUCAUAUACGACGAGUCCUCCUUUACAGACGAGACCAGCAUCUCUCAUGAUUCUUUACAAUCUAGAAGUGC